GAAGGAGGAAGGAUAAGGAUGAGGAUGAGGAGGAAGGAUAAUUUUGAUGUUGAUGUUGGAGUGAAGUGGAAAUGAGGAAAGGAUAAAGAUGAAAUUGGAUUAAAUUAGUGGAGGCAGGCAAUUUGGAAAGCGUAAUUGUUUAUGAAAAAUGGUAUCAGGAAUUCUUCAUAAAUGCAUUUGGAUAUUAGUCAUAUUGUUCGAAAAAAGAACGCUAGGACUACGUGGGAUGCAGUUUUCCCACGGCACUCAAUUGGAGGACAUGAAUGAAUUUGAUUCUAAUCUCUGUUUGCUCUUGGCUUGUGGCUAUGUGGAAUCCAUCCGGUUGAGAGCUUCGUUACAUCUUUUGGGUGUAUUUGUCAUGUAUUUUCGAUUGAUGGAUUAAUGUAAUUAAUUUUUGGGUAUCAGAUGUGUGGAGGAUGAUGAACGUGUGCACAAAAAAUGGACAGGAUACGCGAGGAUUUUUUGGAAAACGCAUCCCACUUCGUUCUUCACUCGUUCACUUCGGCACAUCGUUCGUUUCACAUCUCGGAUUAGGAAUUAAAUUCGCAUUUUGCUACUCUUUUGGAUAACAAUUCAGUCAACUCACAGCUCACCACAUUUUGUGGCCAAAAAAACCUUUCGCCCAUAUCAAUGGAAUUUCCGCAUCAUCCAACGUUGUCUUGCGCCCAACGCUGGAUAGUGCCCGGUCCUUGUGAUCUUCCUCUAUCUCUCUACCUCUCUCGAUUUAUUUACGGGGAUAAAAUUUCACCAAAUUUGGCGUUAAAUCAAGAUAAAUAUAUGUAUAUAACGCGUAUUUCAUAAUGUGGCAAAUGACUUGAAGCGAAUCCCGGUAGCGAACUUUAGCAAACGCGCAGCAGGAACAGGUUCCAUCCUAUAGGAGAUAUAGGAGAGGAUGCCACAGUUCAAGCUACAACUGGCCAUUGGCUGCCUGGCGCUGCUUAUUUUCGGCUUCAAUUUGCUGCUGAGCAUAGCUGAGGCCAAGGAGCAGCAGCAGUCGGGGGAUGAGUUGCACCCCAAGCAACACCAGCAACACCAGCAACAUCAGCAGCAGCAUCGAAGCCACUCGAACAGUGGAUCGUCGUCAAAGUCCAGGCGCUUCUCCCGCGACUCGAAUGCGGCCCGCGAGCGGCGACCGAAUAUAAUCCUCAUCCUGACCGACGAUCAGGAUGUGGAGUUGGGCUCCCUUAACUUUAUGCCCCGCACCCUGCGGCUGUUGCGGGACGGAGGUGCGGAGUUUCGGCAUGCCUAUACCACAACGCCGAUGUGCUGUCCGGCGAGAUCGUCGCUGUUGACGGGCAUGUAUGUGCACAACCAUAUGGUGUUCACCAACAACGACAACUGCUCCAGUCCGCAGUGGCAGGCGACGCACGAGACGCGCUCCUAUGCCACAUAUCUAUCGAAUGCUGGCUAUCGCACCGGAUACUUUGGCAAGUAUCUGAACAAGUACAAUGGAUCGUAUAUACCGCCCGGGUGGCGUGAAUGGGGUGGUCUGAUCAUGAACUCCAAGUACUACAACUACAGCAUCAAUCUGAAUGGGCAGAAGAUAAAGCAUGGAUUCGAUUAUGCCAAGGAUUACUAUCCCGAUUUGAUUGCGAACGAUUCGAUUGCAUUUCUUCGCUCGUCCAAGCAGCAAAACCAAAGAAAACCCGUCCUGCUCACCAUGAGUUUUCCAGCGCCACACGGACCCGAAGACUCUGCCCCGCAGUACAGUCAUCUGUUCUACAAUGUGACCACACAUCACACUCCCAGCUAUGAUCACGCUCCCAAUCCCGACAAGCAGUGGAUCUUGAGAGUGACCGAUCCCAUGCUGCCGGUGCACAAGCGUUUCACAAACGUCCUCAUGACCAAGCGCCUGCAGACACUCCAGAGCGUCGAUGUGGCCGUGGAGCGUGUCUACAACGAGCUGAAGGCCCUGGGCGAACUGGACAACACGUACAUUGUAUACACCUCGGAUCAUGGAUAUCAUCUGGGUCAAUUUGGUCUGAUCAAGGGCAAGAGUUUUCCCUUCGAGUUCGAUGUGCGUGUGCCCUUCCUCAUCCGUGGUCCCGGCAUACAGGCAUCUAAGGUGGUCAACGAGAUCGUAUUGAAUGUGGAUUUGGCCCCAACCUUUCUGGACAUGGGCGGAGUGCCGACGCCUCCCCAAAUGGAUGGACGCAGCAUUCUGCCGUUGCUGCUCAGUCGCAAUCGUAUUGUGCGCGACACUUGGCCGGACAGCUUCCUUAUCGAGAGUUCAGGUCGUCGAGAGACGGCGGACCAGAUUGCCGAAUCUCGGGCGCGUCUGCUGGCGGAACGACGCAACAUGAAACUAGUCAAUAGCACAUUACUCGAGGAUCUGCUGGGCAGGGACAACAUGACCACAACCACCAUCAGCAGCAGUAGCAGCAGCAGCACUGUAGCCACGAUGCUGAGCUCGAUGGCGACUGCAGUGGAGCAGGAUGAAUUUGAAGAUGACGCCGACACCGACACAGAAGAUGACGAUGGGGAUGGAGAGGGUGCCAUGGACAGUUCAGCGCCUGCACUGGACGAUGACGAACUGGAAGAUGGCGCAGCCGAAGAGGAUGAAGAUGAUGAGUUGGAGGAGCAAGAGCUGCUGCUGCAGCAGCAUGACAACAAUCUACCAUUAGCACCCUACAUCACCAAAAUGAUGCGACUCAACUCGGAGUGCUCGGAUCCGGCGCUGCUAAAGAACUGUCUACCCGGCCAGAAGUGGAAGUGCGUCAAUGAGGAUGGACGCUGGCGCAAGCACAAGUGCAAGUUCCAUUUGCAGCUAGAGCAUCAGCUGGCGAUGAUGCCACGAAAACAGUAUCAGCGCAACUGCGCCUGCUUCACCUCGGAUGGAUUGGUCUACACCAAGAUAAGGGCGCCUACAUCGACGCUACACUCGCAUCGGCUCCACAAGCGUACACAUCUGCAUCAGCACCAGCACCAGCACCAAAAUCAGCACCAUCUCCAUCAGCAGCUGGGCAAGCGACGCCACAAACGACACGCUUCGGAUCUGGAGGUGUAUCACACAGAGCUGCCCUACGAGAUGGAGGAACUGCUCGAUCUCGACAAAUCAGUUGAUUUGCUUGUGAAGCAUGGAAGGCGAAGCAAACGAGAGGCGACUGCUAAACAGAAUGUGACCAACAUUAACUCCAACUCCAACACCACCUCCAAUGAUGCAAUUGCAACGGUCAUACAGCAAAUCCAGAGCACGCUGGAUACACUGGAGCACAAGAUGCACAGCAGUAUUCCGGUGGGGCGCGGAGGCAAGUUUCAGAAGGGCGGCACUCGCUGCUAUGUGGAGGAGAGCACCGAUAAGGUCAACUGCUCGGAUGUCAUCUAUGAGGAUGAGAAGACCUGGCGCACAUCGCGCAAUCAGAUCGACAUGCUGAUCAAGCUGCUCAAGGACAAGAUCAGCACACUGAAGGACAUGAAGAAACAGAUGCGAGAGAGCAAGCAACAAGCGGCAGCAGCAGCUGCUGCAGCAGGUGGCCGACGUGGCGACAAUCGGCGACGCAAUGAGGCAGCUGCUGCCCAGGAGGGUGCCGGACCCGAGUUUAAUAUGAGUUAUUUCAGCACCAUGAAUAGCACACCGCGUCCUUCCAUCCUGCUGCCGAAUGUGUAUAGCGCUGGGCAGAAGGAAAUCCUGCGUGGUGUUGGCAGCGCUGCUGUCUACGAAUCCCUGGAGCAAUCCCAUCCCAUGUCACAAUUUGCAUCGCGUGCCGAGUGCUACUGCGAGCCGGACGCGGGUGAAAGCCAUGCGGACUCCAAGGAGAUGGCACGCGAGGCGCGCCGCAAGUUGAAAGAGGAGCGUCAGCGCAAGAAGGAGCGUAAACGCAUCAAAAAGGCGCGCCUGGAAAAGGAGUGCCUGUCGGAGAAGAUGAACUGCUUCUCGCAUGACAAUCAGCACUGGCGCACGGCACCCUUCUGGAACGACAGCCCCUUCUGCUUCUGCAUGAAUGCCAACAACAACACCUACUCCUGUCUCCGGACCAUCAAUGCUACCCAUGAUUAUCUCUACUGUGAAUUUACGACGGGCCUGAUUACAUUCUACAAUCUAACCAUAGAUCGCUUUGAGACGCAGAAUCGUGCAUCGAGUUUGACGCCCGCUGAGAGAUCCUACAUGCACGAUAGGCUGGAGCGCCUGAAGGGCUGUCGUGGUCGCAACUGCAGCGUGCGCAGACAGCUGCCACAAGUGGGCAUGGCCACAGCCGUCCUGCAGCCCACCGCUGUCAAUCACGUACAGCGCAACAACAAACGCAAGCAUGCGCUGCUGUCGGCCAGCGUGGGCAACUUUGGGUUUGUGAGCAGCCGAUCGGAUAUGGAUGUGGUGCCACCUGCCAAGCGACGCAAGCUCUCCAAAUAUCACAGAUGGACUAACUCGCAGAAUACGCAUCUGAAGCGUCGCCCCUGGAAGCAGCAAUCCCACAGAUACUUGCCCCAGUCAGAGCCCCACCAGCAGCCAGUGCCCCCAAUUGCCGCCUAAGCAGCGGCAAUGUUGCACUUCACUCCCAGUACCCAGUGAGCACAUAUCCAAUGCAUAUCCAGCUUACCACACCCUUCAGCGCACUGCUCUGGUCUACAUACACGGAUGUAGGGAUGGAUGUAUGUGAGAUCCGUUCUGGUAUAUUUUCAGCGUAAAUAAGACUGUGUUUUUUAUUCAACUUAUGUUUAGUUUCAUUUUCUCUCCGCGACUCUUUGCUUCUUUGGCUUAAAUUGAAAUAUAAAUAAACUCUAAUUAGCCAUUAAGUGAUUUAAUUUGUAUAUACAUUUUGAAAGAGAAUGAUAAAAAAUAUUUACACACUACAUAAAUUAUUUAGCGCAAUUGGAUUACAAUUUAAUUAUAUAGUAGAUGACUACACUUAGCCAAGAAAUCAAGUUAAAAUAGAGAUCAUAUUUACAUACAUAAUUGUAGUGAUUGUAUUUAUUGGAAAUUGCUAAAAACGCUAAGCAAAUAACAAUUUAAUCUGUUAUUGUUUUUAAUGCAAAUAAAAACGAACAAAAACUAAAACUAAAACAAAAACAAUAGUUAUUUAUUGACAGUGUGCUGUAAUAAUUAAGUCAACUCGUUUAUUAGCAGGCAUUACACUUUAAUGAACAAAUCUUAUUGUAUCUGCUGAGGCAAAGUUAAUAUCGAGCGUUUAACAAAAAUAUACUCUAACAAAAUAAAUAAAUAUGUAAAA